AAAGAGGAUAAAUACUUGAAAGAUGCUAUGGACUGUAGUGAUGUCAUCUGGCAGAGAGGUUUAUUGAGAAAAGGAUAUGGGAUCUGCCAUGGUACUGCUGGCAAUGGCUACUCCUUCCUGUCGCUCUACAACCUAACUCAGGACAAAAAGUACCUCUACCGAGCUUGCAAGUUUGCUGAAUGGUGUUUGGAGUAUGGUGCACAUGGAUGUCGUAUUCCUGACCGACCUUAUUCUCUCUUUGAAGGCAUGGCUGGAGCUAUUCAUUUCCUCUCAGAUAUUUCAGUACCGGAGACUUCCCGGUUUCCAGCAUUUGAACUUGGACCUCAAAGGAGGGAAAACAAAGUGGAACAGGACAGCUAAAAGAUUAUUUUGAAAGGAAACUGAUGCCAAAAGAGAUGAGACUGUUUAGUGCCUCUGAUACUGAACCAACUCAGCCCUGAACCAACGGAUGGAUACACCCCUUUUCUCUCCCCUCUCCGCCCCAAAGGACCAUGAAGUCAUUAGAGCAUGAACAGGAGAAGCCACAUUUAAGUUCUGUUAAAGUGACACCUUCAGAUGUAGGACAAGAGAAGUCAAGUUUUGAACUUUCUCUCUUCCGUUGUAUUACUUGUCUUCUUCAGGUCUCUGACAUGCUCUGCAUGUUUAUUGGUGUUGUCUGUUGAUUCGAGUCUUUUGUUGUUAGC